CAGACGGAGAAGGAAACUGGUACGCCUUUCCCGAUUCCCUCCCUCCAAACCUAAACACUCAAGAUUAGGUUUCCGAAUGAUCUGGUGAUCGAUCCUUCCUUGCUCUCCCUAUCCUUGUUGCUUGAUAUUGACGGCUUCUGUUGUUGUAAGAAUAGAGUAUUGUGAGGGUUUCCGGAAGAUGAAUCGCCGGUCGUCCGUUUCGUCUUCUACGUCGGCAGCGAUGGCCUCGUCGAAGAGAACAGAGGCGAUGGAGGUUUCAGCCAAGUUUACGGCUGCCAGAGCGGCGCAGGGGAAGAAGAGGGUCGCUCUUCGGGAUAUCAGCAAACAGAGCAAUGUGUUACGCGGUACUUCUAGCCUAGUAGGCGCUAAGGGGGCCAAUAUCAAUGCUACAAGAUCAAUUUCAAUGGUCAAGAAGGGGUCUUGCACUACUUAUUGUGAUUCAAGAUUGAGUCAAACCUCUUCAGUUCUUUCAGCUACUAUCAAACCAAAUGCUAUUGAAUCUAGCAACAAAAGUUCCCUGCCACACAGCAGUGUGUCUAAACCUGCAGUUGUUACCUGGCUAGUACCUUGCACCGCCCUCAAGUCACCUAACUUUUCUGGGGAUUCUGUUUCAUCAAUGUCCACAUGCAACUCAAUUCAAAGCCCUGAAUUUGAGUAUAUAGACAAUGGAGAUUCUCAGGCUACAACUUCUUUGGAGAGGCAGGCAAAUGAGGAUCUAAACAUCUCUGAGCAUGUAGCUGUAGCAGAGUCAAAAUCAAAGAGUAAUAGUUCUAUGCUGAUGGAAGUUGAAGUUGUGGGAGUUGAUACAAACCAUAAUGAUCCUCAGUUUUGCACUACACUUGCUUGUGAUAUUUACCAAAAUUUACAGAAGGCUGAGACUAAGAAAAGACCUUCAAUAGAUUUCAUGGAAACAAUUCAGAAGGAUAUAACUGCAAACAUGCGCUCCAUUCUGAUAGAUUGGCUUGUAGAGGUUGCAGAAGAGUAUCAUCUCGUCCCUGAUACACUAUAUCUGUCUGUUAAUUACCUUGACAGAUAUCUUUCUGGAAAUGAAAUAAACCGAGAACGAUUGCAACUUCUUGGUGUUGCGUGUAUGCUAAUCGCAGCAAAAUAUGAGGAGACAUGUGCCCCGCAAGUGGAAGAUUUCUGCUGUAUGACUGAUAAUACAUACUCAAAGGAUGAGGUUUUGCGAAUGGAAUCGGAAGUGUUGAAUUACUUGAAAUUUGAAAUGACAGUUCCGACUACCAAGUGCUUCUUGAGGAGAUUUGUUCAUGCUGCUCAAGGAUCCAAUCAGCUGCCUCUAUUGCAACUUGAGUUUCUUGCCAGUUAUGUUGCAGAGCUCUCAUUACUCGACUACUCUAUGCUUCGCUAUGCCUCAUCACUGGUAGCAUCUUCUGCUGUCUUUUUGGCCAAGUUCAUAUUGCAACCAGCGAAAAAACCUUGGAACGCCACGCUGAGCCAUUACACGCUAUAUAAACCGUCGGACCUUGCAGACUGUGUCGAGGCAUUACACCGACUAGUCUGCACUAGUGCAGGGAACAGCUUGCCUGCUAUUAGAGAAAAGUACAGUCAGCACAAGUACAAGUUUGUUGCCAAGAAGUACUGCCCUGCUUCCAUCCCUUCAGAGUUCUUCCAAGAUAACUUUCAAGACAUCACAGCCAAAGUCCAGGAAUUGAGUUCAGUCUCUGCGUGACCGAUGAUGAAGGUUGCUCGAUGAUGAAUGCUCGCAACAAGAUGUGAAUAGGUGUUCAUAUCCUUUGAUCUAAAAGAUACACUGUUGCAAUUGAUCUCCUAGAAAUAAAUAGAAAUUGUACUACUGAUCCUGUGAGAAUGAGCAUUUUUGUUUGGGUAUAGCUGAGUUGAUAAUCGGGCAGAGUUUACUAUUA